AUGGCUCUCGCAACGUUCUCUCUCAGCCUCAUCACGCUGGCGCUUACAAACUUACCCCCGUCGAGAGCCAACGACCGGCAUGCGGUGUACUGGAACAGCUCCAACCUCCUGCUACGGAGGGAAGGAUUCACGGUGCAGGUCAGUGUCAACGACUACCUGGACAUCUACUGCCCGCACUAUAACACCAGCCAGCGGGGGACGUUGGAGCGCAGCGUGGCCGAGCAGUACAUCCUGUACAUGGUCAGCUACCGCGGCUACCGCACCUGCGACCCCCAGCUGGGCUUCAAGCGCUGGGAGUGCAACCGGCCCCACGCGCCGCACGCCCCCAUCAAGUUCUCUGAGAAGUUCCAGCGCUACAGCGCCUUCUCGCUGGGCUACGAGUUCAACGUGGGCCAGGAGUACUACUACAUCUCCACGCCCACCCACCACCACGGCCACAGCUGCCUGAGACUGAGGGUCUACGUCUGCUGCUCCACCGUUUCCCAGGCAGAUGAUGACUCCAGUCAGACCUCUCCCGACUACACAGUUAGGCCAAACAUCAAAAUACACAACAUCGAUGAAUUUAACCCUGAAGUUCCCAAACUGGAGAAAAGCGUCAGUGGCAGCAGCCCUUCACGGGACCGCCUUCUUCUCACCGUGGGGAUGCUGCUCGUGUCUACUGUCCUUUUGUCCUAG